AUGCACUUCGCCACCACUCUUCUCACCCUCGUCACCGCCGUCAGCGCCGCCCCUGCCAUCGAAGACAUUGGCUACUGGGACGUAACCAUCAUGCACGACUUCGCCGGAGGACGCGGCUACACCGAGAAGCUGCACGCCGAGUACAAGUCACCCUACUACCAGAAACCCCUCGUAACCGACUGCACGGCCUCGUACACUUAUUUCAACGGACGCACAACCCCCGUCUGCACGCCCCAGGAGCUCCAGUAUUCCUAUGACAAUACUACUGACACCUUCAUGAUGAGUCAGUGCGUUACCAAGCCAGUCAGGUUGUUGGUGUCGGGAGAGCACAAUGUGGACAUCAAGGUGAAUGGUGGAAAGGAUCUUCAACCUUACAAGGGUACUUUCAGGGUCCCUGUUGUGAACCGUCAGCCCGAGAAAUAA